CGAUGGAUUGUGGCAAGCAUCUAAUCCUUCAUUGAUGCAAGAGCCUCUGCUAAGAAUUUUUGUCAUUCACACAUUUUUCUUCUUCUAAGCCCCCAAAUUAAAACAUUUCUCUCCAAUUUUUCUUUCCACGAACUAUAACUAGAAUUCCCACCUUCCCCUUUUAUUAUGGGUGCCUUUAGUAGCAAGAAAAAGACAAGGACUUAUAAUUAUGGGAGGAAGAAUGUUAGGUGUUUAACAGAGGAAAUGAAGCUGCUGCAAGAUGAAAUCAAACAGAUUAUGCGUGAAAGGGAAGAGGAGGCUCAAGAGUACGAGAGACGAGUAUUGGUACUCACGUUUAGGGAGGCGGAGUGGAAGGGAGAGAAGAAGAGACUGAAAGAGGAGGAGAAGAGGCUGAGGAAGACGGUGGAAGAGAAGGAAGGGAAGAUUAGAGAAUUGGAAGAGAAUUGUGGGUUGGUGAGAGGGAAGUGCGUUUUAUGUGAUAAAGGAUGGCCGCUGUUGGGGAGCAGUGGAGGGUGUAGCAGCAUCUUGGUGGAGCAAAUGAGGGAAGAGAGGGCGCAGCGGGAUGAGACGGUGGAGAAAUGGAAGCAACUCUACCUUGCCAUCAAGAACGAGCUUGAUGAUCUCAUUCAGAAAACUCAUGGUGUUGUAUCUCUAUCACUUUUACAUCAGUAAAACUUGCACAACAUCAUACUCAACAUUAGCAUAACAGAUUUUGCCAUCCUCUUCUACGUACCCAUUUAGAUAUGUCUGUAUAAUCAUUUUGCUGCAUUCAUUAUUGGACACUUUACUGAAGAGCUAAAUGAUUUUGUACUUGUUCUUUUAGGGGAUGCACUUUAUUGGAGAGCCGAGGGAAAAGAGGUGGUGGAGGAACUAAAAAGGGAAGUGAAGAGUAAAGAAGAAACCAUAGAAGCUCUGGAAGUUCGAUUAGCUUCAAUGGAACGCGAAGGAUAUGAAAGGAAACGGGAAAUUGACAUUCUUAGGCAAAGUUUGCGAAUCAUGAGCAGCAAAAAGAAGUCAUAACAUAUUCACAAGACUCUUUCUUAAUUAUAUUACUUGUGAAAUACACUUCACAUAUGCAUCAGAGCAUGUCCAAUGGCAAAGUUUUCUUUAGUGUUCUUAUUAAUGUCAUAUCAUUAUUGUUAUACCCUAAAACAAGUCCUAUGAUAAUUAGGACACGUGGAGGCAUUCUAGAAAUAGUCCUAUCAAAAGUAGAAUAGGAUAAAUCCCACUAAAAUAAGAAUAUCCCAAACACCAAUCAAAUAAAACUGUAUUUCUAGAAUAACUAUAUUUAAGCAUCCUAUAAAUACCCCUAGGAUCAACCUAAUGAGGUGGACUAUUUAUCAUCAUCAUUCCCUCUUCAUUGUAAACUCUCUCUAUCAACAAAGAUCUUGGUUCUCU